CCCAGCAUCCAUUGGACGGGCAAUCGAUGCGUCUGGCUCAUUCCGCGGCCAAACUCUUGACAAUACGGAUGCGAGCGCGUGUGCAGCAGCAGAAGCAGCAUCGGCAGCAGCAACGGGAAAUUUUCAUAUCAUUGAGUUCGAGUCAAGUGUGCGCAGACAGCGGGCAGUGCGGCAUUGCGGUUCAACGGUUCAACGGUUCACGGAGCACGGAGCACGGUUAACGGUUAACGGUGCGACAGCAAAUCAGUUCGCACUUGGCCGGAAGGUGGCAAUUGAGACACCUUUCAGCGCUUUAAAUUCGCAAUACAACAACAAUAACAAAAGAACAGCAAGAGAAGAGGGAGUCCAACCAAGAAAAGGAAUCAAACGAUCGGCCCAGUAUAUAUCAUUCAUUCAAUUAAUCAAUCGUUCGCUAUAAUCGACGGCUAGAGAAAUUGGCAGUCAACGCGUUCGGACCAUAAAACGCCAAACUCUAAAAAAACAACAAAAAGCAAGACAAGAAAAAAAAAACCGAUUCGAACGGGAAAUCGAACAAAUUCUCGGGAAAAUCGGUGAAAAUAUUUGAAAAUUGCGUCGAGGUGUUGAAGCGAUUGCAAUUUUUCCCCACAGAAUCGUUUCUUUAUAUAUUUUCUUCAGUUUUUUUUUUUUCCUGUGAGUUCGUGUGGUGCUUAUUGUUGUUGUUGUUGUUGUUCUGAUUGACACGCUGACAACUUGAACGGCGGCUACCUACAUUUGAUCAACACAUACAGCACACUGAGAGUGUGCCGGUGUGAGAGUGUGUGAGUGUAAUAAUCAAAUUUGACAACUGCGCGAAAAACUUUUGAAAUCAAAACAAAACCAAAGAACUGAAUGACCUGAAGCCAAAACAUUAUCAAUUAUUCACUAGUUUUUCAAAAUUUCGUGUUUAUUAUUAUUAUAAUUUUUUUUUUUUUAUUCAACUCGAAUUUGGAUUUCGGAUUUUUGAAAUUUAUUUUUUCGAAUAUCAUUUAUAUGGGUUAAUUGGACUCUGACAUAUAGCAAAUACACAAUAGACUCACAAAGAAAGAGAGAGAGAGAGAGAGAGAGCAGAUAUCAUUUGAAAAGUAUUCGUACUCAAAUUGGCAACAUGACACACAUGAUGGGCCCCACGGAAUGUGCCAGCACCAUGGUGGCCAGCAUGCCUGGAUUCCUGGACAAUGGCCUCAAUAGCAAUCUGGCGGACUACGGCUUCUAUGCGAACGACUACUGGACCUCGCCAUACACAACGGGCGGGCUGAGUCCCAUGAAACAGAUUGAAGCUUGCAUACAGACGGCUGGGAAGGAUCGCACCUCGUACAAGCCGCUGGAACAGAUCGAUGCGAAGCUGGCGGACAUCGAUGCGCAGAGCACAGGCAGCAAUAGCACCAACAGCAGCAGCAACGGCAGCAGCAGCAGCAGCCACUCAAAUGGCGCCACCAAUUGCCAGGAGCAGAGUGUAGCGGAUUAUGCUGCUGGCAGCAGCAGCAGCAGCAACAACAACAACAGCAGCAAUGAAACAGCAACUGGCGUAGCAGCAACGGCAACAGCAGCAGCAGCGUCAACAGCAACAUCAACGGCCAACAAAAAGUAUAAAAACAGCCACAAAAAAGACAACAACACAGCAAGCAGCAGCAACACGUCAAACAACAGCAGCAGCAACAGCAACAGCAGCAAAAACAACAACAAUAAAGGUGAGCCAGAGCCCGUACAUCCAUCGCUGGCGCAGGCGAUUGUAGUGCUGGAAACGAAGGCGUUGUGGGAUCAGUUUCAUGCACAGGGCACUGAGAUGAUUAUCACAAAGACGGGCCGUCGCAUGUUUCCCACCUUUCAGGUGCGCAUCGGUGGCCUCGAUCCGCACGCCACCUACAUCUGCAUGAUGGACUUUGUGCCCAUGGAUGAUAAGCGUUAUCGCUACGCGUUCCACAACUCCUGCUGGGUGGUCGCUGGCAAAGCAGAUGCCAUAUCGCCGCCGCGAAUACAUGUCCAUCCCGAUUCGCCGGCGGCCGGCGCCAAUUGGAUGAAGCAAAUUGUGUCCUUCGACAAGCUGAAGCUGACCAACAAUCAGCUGGAUGAGAAUGGGCAUAUCAUAUUGAACUCGAUGCAUCGCUACCAGCCGCGCUUCCACUUGGUCUAUUUGCCGCCAAAGAAUGCCUCGCUGGAUGAGAAUGAGCAUUCGAGUCACUUUCGCACAUUCAUAUUCCCGGAGACUAGCUUUACGGCCGUAACAGCAUAUCAGAACCAGCGCGUGACACAACUGAAAAUAUCGAGCAACCCAUUCGCCAAAGGAUUUCGAGAUGAUGGCACCAACGAUGUCACCAGCGGCAGCCUGGGCAUGUCCAGCAUGAGCCAUGAGAGUCAAGCCCGCAUGAAGCAGCAGCAGCAGCAGCAACAGCAGCAGCAGCAGCAACAGCAGCAACAGCAACAGCAGCAACAUCAGCUGCAGCAGCAGCAGCAUUUAAAGGCAAAGGACCGAACGCCGCCAAACAGCUUCAGCUUGUCCUGCACAGAGCUUCAGCAUCGGCAGCAGCAGCCGCCGCAGCAGCAAACAACUCAAUUGGGGAUGCAGCUGCCAGCCACGCCCUCGAGCAGCUCAACAUCAGGCAAUUCACCCGAUCUGUUGGCCUUUCAGUUGGAGGCAACACCGCUGCAGCAGCAGCAACAACAGCAGCAGCAUUUGCAUCAGCAACAGUUGCAGCCAACGCCGCAACAAUUGCAGCAGCAGCACCAGCAACACCAACAUCAUCAGCAGCAACACCAACAACAGCAACACCAACACCAGCAGCAGCAACAACAGCAAAGCCUUCAUCAAAUGUCCAGCAGCUAUGGCGGCAGCUAUCAUCAUCCCUAUCAGCAUCAUCAGCAUCAGCAUGCGACAACGCCAUUGACGCCGCUGUCGGCCAGCUCGGCAUCGCCACCAGCGCCGGGCGUGGCUGCUGCCGCUGCUGCAGCCACUCAGGUGAUGGCAGCGGCCAACAUUUACUCGACCAUUGGGCAGCCAUAUGCCGGAGAGCAGAGUAACUUUGGUGCCAUUUAUCAUCACAAUGCGGCGCACUAUCACAGCCAUGGCUAUGGCAGUCCCUACGACAAGCUCAAGGUCUCGCCGGGUCACAUGCGACAGGCGGCAGCCGCAGCGUACGGGAUGAGCAGCUAUCAGAGCUUCUACGGCAGCGCCGCGACCGCCCAUCAAAUGAUGCGGCCCAACAGCUACAUCGACUUGGGGCCGCGCUGAUAAGCGCUGGGAGAGGGUCGAGCUAUGCCAAGUAUUAUACUAUAUAUAGUCAGCCUUGGGCCUGCACUCAAGUAUUACAAGUAUUUUCAACUAAUCCAAAACUCAAACUCAACUCAAAUUACUAUUAUUUAAUAUAAUU